AUGCAAUUUUCAACAAAACUGUUUGUGUCAUUGGUACUGCCAGCUGCCAUUACCAUCCUCGUAAGUUUUUUGUGGUUGAAAAAGAAAAGCCAAGAAGCAGAAGAACUCCAGGAACAUGGAAACACAGAACGAGAUGAGGUAAAAGACGAAGAAGAGAAAGAAAACAACGUCGAUGAGUUGACGGCUACAGAGAGCGAAAUCUGUCAAGCCAGCGAAGACACUGUGGAUGCAGAGCCUUACGGUGUUCAACGAUUCUCGUUGCAAAAACAAUCGAGCACUACAGAGAGCACACAGCAAGAUUCGGGUGGGGAUACAAAACCUUCGGUUAAUUCAGAACGGAAAGAAUCGUCCGGAGGCGAGGAAUCGUUGAGCGAGGGAAGUGUGGAUAGCAGUACCCUAUAUACAGAAGGAUUCAGCAACGAUACUCCCCCGCCUCCCGGCGACGAGAGUAACGGAAAUAAGUCACGAAAAGGGGUACAGAACGAUGAAAAAGACGUUUGGGAGAUUGAGUUUCCUCAAAUCUUAUGUGGAAGGCUCAUUGGACGGAAAGGCAAGAAUGUUCGCGUAAUUUCCGAAACGUCCGGGGCGAAAAUUCGAUUGAUCCCUCAGUCACCGGGAGAGGUUUCGACGCACCGAAUCAUCUCUAUUUCGGGGAGUUCUCUACAGAUUCAGACAGCUCUAGAUUCUAUUCAUGAAAAAUUCCCUUGUGUUCCCCUUACACGGCUGAACUCAACAGCUUUGAACGGACUGCAAACAAAUGUAGUGAGUAUGCAACCGCUGGUUGCCACUAGCGUGCCUCCAGCGCCUCAAGCGAUGCCAUUUGUGCAAGCCAUGCUUCCCAGUGUUGCAAACUUCGAUGUUGUAGUGACAAGUGUCGCGGAUGCGGGCCAUUUUUUUGUGCAGUUGCACAACGAAUUCAUGCAACGCCAGCUUCAGGACUUGCAUCAGACAAUGAUGCAGUGUUACGGACAAGGCACUGCGCCUCUUCUGCUACCGCUGCCGCAUCCCAUUGUUGUGGGUUCGUGUUGUGCCGCCCCGGCUUACACCUACAAUGGCUGGUACAGGGCACAAGUUUUGGGCCCCACUGCUAAUCCUGACGAGGUUGAAGUAAAGUAUUUGGACUAUGGAGGGUACGGAAGGAUUGCUGCCUCCAGCCUUCGACAGUUGAGGUAAGGCAAAGCGUUACUAGCUAGUUUUAUCGUAACUUUGUUUGCGAGUGGAUAACUUGUUGUCCCCGUUACGUGAAUUUUUAGAGGUUCGUGUUUUAUACCUCGUGGCGUGGAAAUUCAUGUUUAACACUGCGUCUAGCCUUGGAGAGAUAUUGUUAUGAGUGAACGUGAUGCUACGAACUUUUUUAUCACAAUGUUGAUGGCCAUAAAUCGAUGUUCACUUUAGCUGGAACUCUCGGCCUUUACAAUGCUUUUGACUGACCUAAAAACGGCUGGCGGUAAACUCGGUGCUACAGCUACAAAUUCGUGGUAGUAUACUCGUGUCGUCGUUGUCGUUGUUGUAGUAGUAUUUUUUGUAGUAUGUGUUCCUCGCGACUUGCUGAUGAACUGAUGGUUUUCCGAGUGAUUAUUUUCACCAUAAACAGGAUGCUAUGAUAACAGUAUUGUACCAUCGAACUGACUCAUCUUUCCAAAUUCCAAUUCGAUAUGGAACACUUAAACUUUUCAAACAAGCUCUCGCGAAUGAAUAACUUGAUAUCUUAAUGUAAUUAUUAAGUCUUCGCUGACUUCAUCUUUUUGAAUAACUUCUUAUGUUUACGUUGUGCGUAGUUGUAAUAUCUCCAGCACACUUGUCUCUUCGUAAUUUUCACUCCUGCACAGCCCUCGAGAAGAGGUGGGAAACUGAACUAUUGUCUCGUGAUUGUCAGAUGUGGUUAAACAAAUAACAUUUACAUCUUUUUUUAUUUGGGGCAGUAGUUAGAUGCUUGAACGGAAAUUUUCUGAACUCGUCAAAGGUAUCUCCCACAUCACACACUGAGAUAUAGUUUGUUUUAAUUAAUCGUUACUGUCAAAAUUACACACAGGAAAAGGGAAGUAUACUGUUCCCAUGAAAGUACCUCAAAUGUGUUUUUUAUCGUUUGUGUUUUGUCAACACGAUUACGCGUUGUACAGUAAAUGAUAUAAUUUGUUCUCCUAAAGUUUGGCUUCCCGAUAAAUACAGGGACAGGGAAGAUCUUCAGUACUAAGACAAAUUGAAUUAGUGGCGCUUUUUAACCGUGCACUUGCAAAUACACAUGCUAAGAGAAUAUUUAAGAUUGUAAACCAUUAACUCCCAGAAAGGUAAAAAAAGGAGAUAUCCUUCCGUUUAAUGCUUGAAAAAAAAAUUGUUUCCGGUGAAAAUAGCGUUUUCAUGUGUUCCACUCUGUAGGAUUUCACCUCUCGCUGUAAGAUUCAGAUUUUAGAAAUUCAUUUCUUGUUCCCGUAAAUGACUUACUGGCUUAGCAAGGGUUUAUCCUUUAAUUUUUGUUUAAUUGAUUGACUAUCACUGUUUCUUAGUUCAUAGCUUCCUCGCACUCUGUCUUCACAUUUUUUGAGUAUUCUUUUAAGUAUAGUUUAUCUCAAAUCUUGUAGUCACCUAAGACUUAACUGCGUUAAAAUUUACAGAAAGGGCAGAAUUGAAAGUUCAGUUUUUGUUGAUAUGUAAAUAGAAGUCACAAAAAAUAACUUUAACAAGCAAUAAAUUGUGAAACAAUAUAUGAAUAGCAACUACGUACAAAAAAGCAUGAGACUUCAAAACUAUCAAAAUGUCAUUUCUUAAUGAAUGUAUAGGCUCGAGAAAUUGUGACAAGAUGUUUUCAGGCUGCUUGACAGCACUGUACGUAGCCCAGCGAUUUAGAAGGCGCGAACUCCUGAGGUUUAAGUGGGAAAUAUGCUUGGGUGGCAGCCGCGGCAAAUGUUAUAAUUUAUGAUCAGUAUUAGAUACGACAGACUAAGCAGAGCGUAGCCAGACCUUCACGUUCACUCUGUUGCGCAACCUAGGAGGUGAAAAAUUUGCUGUUUGGGCAUGCGCAGUGGGCUAUAUUUUUCUUGCAUCUGUACCAAAAGUCGUCGGGUCGCCGGUAUUUUCUAUCAUCGAGAGAUCGACCAUUUGAUUAUGAGUUAUUUUUUGGCUUAGAACAAUGCAUUGUCGUACUAAUUAUUUUGGAAGUUUAGAAAAAGAAAGUCGCGCUCAACAUUCAGUAUGAGAAUUUGAUCCGGUAAUUGCUGUGUAUUCGGUUUCUUUUGAAUGUGUUUUACGUUUUAUGCUGUUGUUGUUUCGCCAACUGUGACUUCCGUAUUGGGAGAUUAAAUACAAAAAAUGUAGAAAACAGCAGCCAACUUAAGAAAAGAGACAUUUGUUUUCAUUUUGCUAAACAUGUUUAGACAGUGCGAGUCCUGUCAUCUCCAUCUCAAAAUUGAUUUUGUAAUAUACCCACUCCUCAGACGCCAAUGAAUGACAAGUAUAACAGAAUAAUUUAGGCAAGGCAAGCUUCUAAUUAGCAAAGCUGAUACCAUUGACAGUUCCAUUCAAGGUCGUUCCUUUUGCGAUUGUAAGAGGGGAGCUGAGUUUUUUUUUUUAUGGUAUGUUGGGAAACAAUUGUGCUAUGAUCCAGAGACACACAAUUUGGUGUCACACUGUUCAAAGUUCUUUAAGUGUAUCUAUACGAGAGAGGCCCUAUCGGUAGCUAAAUCUAACUACUCUAAUAUAUUCUGCUUUCGUUACUGUAUGUUAACUAGAUUAAUGCUUUGAUGUUUCUCCUUUCAUUUACAAAUGUCAACAAAGCCAGGUGCGAACUGUCUCUAAUGUCAUGAAAUGCGAAACGUUCGCAUAUUAAUGGAUAAAAUUGUUCCUUUUUGUUUACAUUGUAUCCCUUAAUAUAGCGCUCGGUGUUUUAUGAAUUUAUAGUGUAAAACCGCUCUCGAUGUUUUCCUCUGAUAUUAAAAAGUUCAUUUGAAUUAUAUUCAAAGCUUCGCAAAUCCCUAGGUUGUGGAAGACCUGCCUAACGUUUGCGAAUUUGCAUUGCACAUUGGUGAGUUAAGGGUCGUGUUUCCAGCAGUUGACUCAACUCAUGGGGUUUUUAGUUUUUCUGGUUAACAUUUGGCUCCGAUGGAAAUAUAUCGUUAGGGCGUCCUUGACUUCUUUUAAUCUUUGGUGUUUGAGCUGACACAGGUCAGAUAAUGGUCAGUGCAAGGAAGUCGUCUUGAUGCCAAAAACAAACUUCAGGGAAUCGUAGCUUAAGCGAUAGAACAUUGUUUGUUUGUUUUUUGCAUUUAUUCGUUUGAAGAUAGAAUUAAGUUUAACUUUAGCAAUAACAUGAUAAAGUGACAAUCAGAAUUUAUAUGUAGAUAGGAACAGAGGGGCCAAUGACCGGGGAAAAUAAAUGCGAAAUGACAUUGCUGUUCCGAAUAAAUGGAUUUAUAUCUAGUGGCGGCUAUUAGCUAAGGAGAUUAUAACCCGGAUUUUACGGUAUGCAAUUGGUCCGUCCCCGGAAGUCAAACCUGCUACCUCCCGCUUAGUGGACCUUAUCAAAUUCAUAAUAAAUUACAUUCACUCAACAUCCUUUGAAUUUUCACAAAUAUUUUAUGUUUUCUUUUUGUGUGAAUCUUUUCACUCUCCAGGGCUGAUUUCCUAACACUGCCAUUUCAAGCCAUUGAAUGCUACCUCGCAAACGUGAUCCCACUUCAAGGUAAUCAAAAAGGGGAUUCGAAUGAACCAUUUUCACGUCGACCAUAAUGUUUGCAUCACAAUUGUCUUCGAUUUCCCAUAGGACGACUGUAGUACCCAGGGAAAAUUGGAAACAGUUUUUUGGGGGGGGGGGGUGGGGGGUGCAUUAUGGUCUAUGUGAAAAUGGUACAUGCCUGCUGAUCACCCCAACCUACCCCUCCCCCUUGCUACCCACCUACAUGAGCCUGCAUGCAGAUUCAGUGAUCGUCCAAAGAUGAAAGAUGAUUGCAUAGCUGUUUCCUUGAGCGGGCAAGAUGACACGAAUCUUGUGUUCUGAUGGGCUACCCAGCGCACAAGCCUAUCUUACCGCUUUGUUCCCGUAAAAUAAUCUUUUGCCCAUAUAACAAAUCCAACAAGGUUGCUGGAUAUGUUUUUUCGCUCCUCUCCGGCGUUUUCAUGAAUCUAGACUUUUUCUCGGUGCAUAAAAACGCUGAGAGGAGCGUUGCCAAUAUCCAGCCAUCGAGUCCUCUUUUUGGUCAAUAAUGCAUAUUUAUCGAGCAUGCUCUCUUGAUAUGUGUGGUAUUGUUAUAUUAGACACAGUUAGAGACUCUUGCUUAGCCAUCCUGUAAAGCUGGGUCCAGAUAGAAAACAAAAUUUAAAAAAAAGACGAAUAAAUUACUUAGGAAAUUUGAAAACAACAAUGUUAGGUCUAAAAUAGCAUUUUCUGGAGAGGAAAGUGUAAUUCCAGUGUGUUUUAGAGUGAUUUAACUUAACCCGUGAAGCAUACUGACAACUAAUGCCAAACACCUACCAGUAGAUAAAAGAAGAAAAUGAAAUUGGUGCAUAAUAAUGUGUAAUAUGGUAGUCUACUAUUUUAGUAUGAAAAGUCUUAAUGAUAUUUUACUUAUAUUUUUAUUUUUUCUGUAUUAAUUUAUACAAGGGAUUGAAUCUUACUUAUUUAUCUUAAUUCCUUUUGUUAUAGGUGACACGUUUUCAAACAUUGCCAACGCAGUCUUGGAAGACAUGACCAUGAAUGCUGUGUUGACUUGCCGAGUCACUGGUCACCGAAACGGGUUACCUUGCUUGGAACUCUAUCUUGUUCAGGGACAGCAGGUGUGUGAUAUAACCAGCAAUGUGUACCCUGAAGGGGCUUUGUCACGCUAUAUGCCAUCCUUUUUUAAAAGCUAAAACGCGUCUUCGCAUCCAUUGAAUUCCAAAAAUAAUGGUUCAGUUUUGUCAUUUAAGAGUAUAAUUGAGCAUUGAAAAAGUUUCCUGUCGUCUGUUGUUACGGAUGGCAAGGAUGGACAUGGAUUGAAUCUUGGGAAAAUUGGGCCAACUUUUUCAAGUUUUAAUGUUAUUACCAAAAACAUUAUGAUGUUUAGUGCUCCCUGAUGAAAUUGUUAGAUAUCUUCUUCAUAACUCUACAGGUGCAUUUUGUGUAUGGGCAAAGGCACCGCCUAAAAAAUUACUUCAGCACAGAAUUGACCGGCUAAAACAGCAAAUUAUCGUCAAAUAGCCCCUUUAAGAUCCAACGACGGCGACAGCGGCUAAAACGUAUCUUAAAAAGUGAAUUUGAACGUUCUUACUUUGUCAAAUGUACGCGUACCUUCCUGGAGUUGAAUUCCUUAGAAAAAUAUGCAAGUUCAGAGAGAGAGAGAAAAUUUCUCCUUGGCUCGUUUAAGGUGGCUCGAUACGCUUUUUCAGGGUCAAUACCUCCCAAGUUUGAGCAUAAACUACGUCGCCAUGAAAAAAGAUUUGGAAAAAUUGCCACCACAGUUGUAUUAGAUAAAGAUAAAGAUUUGUUAUGAUCAGGGUACAAUUCUGAUUUCGUCAUUGCAACCCUGAUCAUAACAAAUUUUCAUCUUUACCUAAUACAGUUUUGGUGGCAAUUUUUCCAAGUCUUUGUUUUUGACGACGUAGUUUAUGCUCAAACUUGGGAGGUAUUGACGUCGCAGUCUUGCAGUGCAUGACAACAAAGAAACGUCCCGAAAAAGGCAUGAUGCACGUGCAAAGUUGUUGUUUUGGUUAUUAAAACCUAUUGCUUUUUUGACUUUCUCGUUGCUGUCGCCCGCGUCGUCGAAUCUUAAGGUCCCUAAUGUAAAGCCUCGUUGCUAUUUGAUUACUUCGUUCGUCCCAGCGAUUGUAGCCAUAAUUGACAAGGAAACCAUGAUUGCACAAGAACUUGCCUUUCAUCCAGAGAGGUAGAACAAUGAGCUUUUUGUCGAAACAAAUGAACCUGUCUGUUAUGUUAUACGGGUGUUCGUAGUGCACUCUUCUGAGCUUUGGCGAGCUCUCUUCUGAUUGAACACCAAAGAGUUCAUCCAGACAUGCACGCUAUACUUUGGUUCACUUGUUUUGUAGACGAUCCUGAUAAACAGAGAGCUCGUUAACCGCGGACUGGCUCGUUGGGCAGAAACGUAAGGUGAUCCGGCUGGUUCUGGUUGAGACGCUUUUUCAUGGCCAUGAAUGGCUGUCGUUUGUUUCAGCGGCCUCGUGUGAAUACAUACAACGGUUGGUGAACAACAAAUCAGUUUUCCCGUGGGCGUUGAUUGUGGUAUGAACAAGGAAAGUGAAUUAGACAAAUAGAAAAUUGUUAUGGCGAUGUAUUUGAUACAUUAACCCUGGAGCGCAAGUUGAUGCAGGGCAAUUCUCGCAUAGAGACCCUCUUUUGGUAGACAGGUUAAAUUUGUAGAACAUUAAGUUCGAAAAUAAAUGAUAGGAGUGUAAAUACGUUAUAUUUGUCUUCAAAAUGAAGAGGUUUAUAUUUAUCACAAAGUUAUUGGCUUCAGUACAAGUUCUUUCGUAACGGAAGGCUAUGUUGUUCAAGGCAGUUGUAAAUUUCUCACUCUGUCUCUCAUCUCGCUGUGCCGGUUGUUUUGAGAGAAAUGUGAAUGGUCCGUUGAAGGAUUCACAAAUUAACCGUUAUUUUCUUACUAACCCUUUGAGUCCCACUCGUCAGGGACGAAAAACGUAAAUUUCUUCUUUUAAACAUUUUUUUCAUCCAACUUAAAAUGUAAGAAAAAAAGUUUGGAGAAAUUACAUGCGUGUUGACUAUAGGGUUCAAAGAGUUAAUGCUAUACACACUAUUUACAAUAUGUAGCUUGCACUGAAUUUGCAAGUGUCGUUUGAUGUACAUAGGCGAUUGCAAGGUUCCGAUAAUAAUUACCCCCGUACAUUAUGUUACGGAAUAUUUCAAUAGAAAUCGAUUGCAGUGCGAUAUUUUAAUGAUAAUUAACAUGACAUUUAUUAAAAUGGAAUUACUCAAAGUUAUAAAAUGCUUUAAAGAUAUCAAUGCGGUAUGAAAUAUAAUAUAUAGUAAUAUAUUUAAGGAGGUUUUAUUUAAUUCUUACGGACUGUUUUUCAUUGCGGUGAUAAGAAUGCAUACCUUAUUUGCAACCGCAGUUCAAAUUUUUUGUCAGAUUUUUAGGCAGCGUGCAUAUCUGAUUUAGGCCAUACUUAAAGUGCGCUGUAACUAAGGACAAAAUUUAAGAGGUAAAGUAUGUUUUACCUUUCAGUUUACCAGAAGUAAACUUAAUUUCGUAGUUACCAUUGAAAAAUAUUCGGGACUUUGUAAAGAGAACAUAAAAAGCAGUUUUUUCGAGUUGGUAAUUUUAGUUUUUUUUUUAGUGAAGCCAGUAAUUUUUUGCCGCGACGUACGUCCACCCAUUCUUGAAAGUUGGCGUGAAAUUUUGCAUUUCAAGCAACCCCCGUGUUUCGGCGGUAAAUCGCAUUGCCACCCGGACUUUUAGAGAGGAAAAAACCACGGCAAAAGUGAGUCUUUCUUUCGACUAAAUUUUAACGUUUAUAUCAACGUGGAUAACAGAGUAAGAGCUAGAGCGAGAAAUAAAAACGCAACGGAGACCAAUUUCGUUGGAAGUAAAAAAAAUUUCAUAGCGGAGGUGAGAAAAUGAGAAAUGCUAGCGGCCAUCAAGGUGAAAAUGAGCGGCAAGGAAGACAAAAGUGAACAGGAACACAUACAGCAUCUCCUCCAUAAAACGUGUAACUAGGAAGUUUCUGGAAGUUUCACAUUGUAGUGGCGCAAAACAGCGGUAAAGAAAUGUACAAAAAAGUGUGCUGCACGUGCAAAGUUGUUUUUUUUUUUGCUGAUUAGAUCUAUUGUUGUUUUUUACCGUUCUCAUUGUCCUCACCGUUUCUUUAGCAUUACACGAUUUUAUAUUUUGUUUGUCAUGAGUAAAAUAUAAAAUAAUAUUAAAGAAAGCUUCGCUUUUAGCCCUGGCUAAAUCUAUAUAUUACUUGAAUAGUAAUAGCGUAAGAGUCAAAGAAAUUUGAGGAGUUCUCCUAAUAUACAUGUAUAUUCUAAAUCUUUUGAAAAGAUCUUACUUUUGGUCAAGACUGCCCGUUACGUCAGUUUUGUAAGUCCAUUAGGAUAGGUAGAUAUACGUUUUUAAACUUUUUGGUUGUCACGCCAGGUCAUUUUCAGUUUUCUAGUUUGAAUUUUCCAAAACAUUCCAAAACAUAGUUUAAAAGAUUUUUUCCUUUAUACAGGAUUCCAUAGAUCGUUUUCACUAACGUGGUCAUCAGCGAUGUAAAUGUCUUGAAACAAAACAAAGUGUUUGCAUGAGAAAGGAGUUGAAAUCCCAUAGAAGUUUUUGGGUACACCCAACAUGUUUCAGUUUUCUAUUUUUAUCUUUUAUGCUAGUGGAUAUUUUGUUUAAGGGGCAUCUUCACACCGAUUACGUGCUUUACAGUUUAGGAAAGAAUCACCUUUAUAGAAUUUAACAUGGCUGAACUCAGUUUUGGCAGUUUGUGGGUAUAUGUCAUUUGCCAAAUCGUGGCAAGAGAAAGGCUGCAGCUCACAAGUUGAAACUUGGCAAGUGAAAAAUAUACUGAUGAAGGCUCUUGAUUGACAGGUAAAAUUGACGUUUUCGUAGUUUCCAUGACAACAUGAACGAUUGAAUACAACCUUAAAAUUUCACUUUUGCUCAGUUUCUAUAAAAUUCGCUCAUUAAAUUUUCCUAUAAUCUUGCACACAGCUUACUAUAAUUAAUCUUUACCAUUUGACCAAAUUUUAACAGACGGGUUUUUAGAUAAUCAAUGAUAUAAUUGCACUGUAAUUAUUGAAUGUGUCACAAAAUUCGUCUGCUGAACUUCCAUUUUAAAGUUCUCAUUGUUUAGAAUACGAUAACAGUAAAAAUUUUGCUAAACAUCACAAAAUUUUAAUGAAUAGAUUUUGAGAAAUCGUCUUCUGUGUGCCAUUGCUUUUUGGCCACCAUGUUUGUUUGUCCAAGUUAAAACACACGCCGUGACGCGAGUUACCGCUGACCGCCAGCAAAACUGUGCUCAGCCACCUUAAAACAGUACCUGAAUGGCCCAGAGAGUGCUAGCCACACUUCAUGUCUGUAUACACAGACUUACAAGCUAGAACCGCCAUCUAGCCUUAAGUGCACAGAUUUACGCAGCAUCAAAAUCAGUGUUUCAGGAAAAUAGCGCUCUAUGUCCUACAUUUUUAAAGCCACAACUUAGGAUUUCAUCCACAGCCUUAGGAACUUUUCACAGAGCCGGCAACGCGACUCAAUUCGUCGCUCUCGAGCAGCAAGAAGACCAAGCUAAGCUGUUUUUAUUUAUCGAAUUCAUUUGUUUUUAUUUCUUUUUAUGUCGUUUUCCUAAACCAUUUAGUGUCAGUAAUAUCUUGGUGCAUUAAAUUGAUCAUAUCCCGGAAUAACAAUGCACAUUAAAAUCGUUACAAAUCCCAUAAAUCGGCCUUUUAGGGAAACGAAAAACUUCAUACAUCUAAUUUUUUUAAUUUUUUUUUUUUUUAUGGCAGCCAGGCUUUUAAAAAGCUGUAUCCAGUGAUAUAAAUAUCUGGCUAAACAAGCCAUUUCUUGUGAUUAUUUUUGAUGUCAUUAUCUCGGAAUAUGGUCUGGCUAAAGCGCCGGUAGAGGAGAAGUUAGAAGUUAAUUUCAUCAGCUAGACUGAGUUCCGGUUCAAACGACGUAUUUCACAUGUGCCGAAUGCAGUACUAAUGAGUAUUAGUAAAAUCCAACUAGUGGUCUGUUAUCAAUGCUACGUUCUGACUGGUUGAGCUACCACUAGGCUAAAUGUUAUAGCCCAUUGGUAGCGAAAAGCGCCGGCUUUGAAAACCAAAACAGUAGCGGCUGAAUCGCGUUUUGCUAGCUAAAGUUGUUUUGCCUCGAUAUUUUUGACCAACUAGUUGGAUUUUACUAAAACAAUUAUUCCUCUCGCCUUCAUGGGCUCGAGGAAUAACAACAACAGCAACAAGUUUAUUUCAAAUUGAAUAUAGCUUACAAAGCUUGUGCCCUCAAUAAUUGUUAAAUAUCUACUAUUAUCGCUUAUUUACUUAAGACUGGGCGCACGUGAAAUGCCGGCGACGUUUGAACUGUGUCAGAAACAUUGAUAAGCAACAUACAAGGUUAAUAUUUGUUUUGUUAGAAAUUAAUUAAAGGUUAGGUACCUUAGACGAGCCUGAGAAAACAGCCGACAUUUGACGACGCCAAAAUUGGUUUUUGCGCGAAAUGAUGUCUGAGGAACGCGCGCAGAAAUGACGACGAUGUCUGGUGACGCGUUACUCUCUCUCAGCAGUACUUCUGAUUGGAUAAAGUAAAUUUUCAACCAAUCAGAAGCACUAUCCAGAUCUGGGUAGUGACGGGUCAUCAGUAUGGAAUUUCUGCACUUUGUCCUCAGACGUCAUUUCGCGGGGAAAGCAGUUGUGGCGUCGGGAAAUUCCGGCUGUUUUCUCAGGCUACCAUUAGCUUCAUGGUUAAUGAACGGGCCUGCUCAUGCGCGCCUGUCUGGCUCUUGCCGCACCCUUCUCGUUUCCAUUGUAGAAAAUGCAAUUAGUUUAUAUGCAGGGCGGACUAAGAAAUCUUGGUCAUUCAGGCUGGAGUACACGUGCGUCUCCGUCAAAGGAGAGCGAGUUUAGCAGCAUGUCAGUGUACAGUUUUUUUUUGUGAGUUUAACGUCAAAAAUUUUGUUUUCUUGAUAUUGGAUGUGCUGCACCGAAACUGCAGUAACUCCUGCAAGCAAUAUCAUGAGUUUUGAACCUUUCGUGGACGUUAUAGGGUAAAUAAAUUUAGCCCAGGUAGCUUGGACGGUAGACCGAGCCGAGGGGCCGUUCCUCGAAAGUCUGUCCCGGAAACGUUUUGAGCCUGAAAUAAAAUAUUCAAUUCAAAAUCUAAAGAACAAAUGCGCGGGUCCUAGCUAACAAACCAGUCCAUUUUGUUUUGUUAUUUGAUAGUUUUAUCAUAUUAUCUGCAAAACUUGUAACCUCGAUCUUGAAUGUAAACAACAACAGCUUUUCUCGGCCCGUUUCUCGAAAGUCCCGGUAACUUUUCGGGCCCGAAAUCAAAUAUUCAAAUCGAAAUAUAAAGGAUAAGAGCGCGGGUCCUGGGGCCCGUUUCUCGAAAGUCCCGGUAACUUUACGGGCCCGAAAUCAAAAAUUCAAAUCGAAAUAUAAAGAAUAAGAGCGCGGGUCCUGGCUAGCAAACUACUCCAUUUAGUUUCAUUAACUGACCGUUUUAUCGUGUUAGAUGCAAAACUAUUGAAACCUCGAUCUUUAAUGUAAACGGAGACAGCUUACCGGGCCCGUUAAUUAUCGAGACUUUCGAGAAACGGGCCCCUGGAUAGCAAACUACUCCAUUUCGUUUCAUUAACUGAUAAUUUUAUCAUGUUAGAUGCAAAACUAUUGAAACCUCGAUCUUUAAUGUAAAAGGAAACAGCUUACCGGGCUCGUUGAUUACUCGGGACUUUCGAGAAACGGGCCCCUGGCCCGGUCAACAGAAUCGCGACAUUUGAGCAGGCCCCACUAGGUUAACAGUACGGUACAGGAAGAGAGGGAGCUAGUUUGCACUUUGGGAAUUCCACGAAAUAACGGUAAUAGAUUUGCGGCUUCUCUCUGUUGUUGAUCAGUAGAGAAGGCCCUUGGAUUCCCAAACACGUGGUUACUAUUACGCAUGCGCACUAGAAAGAUCCGAGACGUACUCAGAAGGGACUAUUAUAGGUAGGAUUGAAAUUCAAAAUUUAAAGUAACAAUUUAAUCUUAACUUGUCACCAUUUCUCGAAAACUGCUGGGCAGAAAUAAACUUGUUUAAAUGCAACGUCUAGCUUCUAUUCAUUUUUCAAUUCAUUAUGUUACAUCUGUAACUAUCUGUUCCUAAGAACCCGAGUCAAAGACAACAUGGAGCGACUCCUUUGUCUUUUCCUGUUUCAAGUUAUGGAGAAAUUCUCAAAAAUGUUACCAUGGUUACACUGAUGAACCUCAACUUCAUGUGAGUAUUCAACAGCGACUGUUUUGAAAUAAUUCAGACAGUUAUUUAAACAGCUUCUUGAAGACUCCUUCGAUAAAAUUCUAGGAUGCAAUCAUUUUUAACUAAGCUUAAGGAUUCCCUUUCUUACGAUUCUUUAGCUUUUCAGUGUAAUACAAAACAGAGUUUAGGUCUUAUAUUUCUCGAGUGCGGAAUUUAUGCAAGAAAAUGAUUUCACAGGAAACUCAAACAGCAACAUUGAAUUAGCAAUGACUCCAUUGUGCAUAAGAUAUGUUUUUCUGCUCACUCUAAUUACUGUUAUUUUCAACUGUAUCUUAGUCAAUAUCCCCUAAGAUUUAAAUAACCUUCACCUAAGCUAAAAGGUUAAUUUGUCCCCUUAGUUAGAAUUCGUUGCGACCUUGCAUACCAAAAUCUACUUUGAAAGUAUCAAGGAUAAUCUCAGCUGUGAUGUGUGAGUUUAUGGAUUUAAUUGGACAAUCCUAUAAUCUAUCUAGCUUUACCCACCAUAUAAACAUUGCAUUAUUCUGUCAACAAAGCAUAUGAUUAAAUGACCCCUGUGCAUUGAAUUAGCUUUAUUUGAAAGACAAUGAGCUGGAACAGAUCUAUUGUUACUUGAGUAUUUUUUGCAGAUUUUGCGUUUGGGGGACGACAGGUCAUGCCAUGUCCCAUAGGCUUAAAAAUCUGAAAAAUGAAGUUCAUCCCACCUUAUUUUUAUCCUCUUGUUGUUUAUGUUAUGUAUUUGAAUAAUAAACAUCGGUGUUUCUAAAGCUUAUUUUCUGUAACUUAGACGACGUAGACGACGUGCUGAAACAAUGCGUUAUUGACGUUGUAAGCUGUUCAAAAAACACAGCCAAAUGCGCCUAAGCCAUUAAACACCUUUAACAAAAAGACUGUAGAAUGACAUUUAUCGGCGAAGAGUAUCCUUUCAUCUAACACGAAUUUGCAUUUCUGGCCCGAAAGGUAAACAAUAGUUUCCAUUUUCUCUUAAUGGAGCAUUACGUGCGUUAAAACAACUUAGCGACAAACCUUUCUCAUUAGCUUCAACAAAAGCUAAGGAGCGGGAUGUAUUCUUUUAUUCAGCCAUUUUCGCUUUACUUAAAUUUGCAUUUCACGCUUUCACAACAACGACCCUUAAAUUUGUUCAAAUAUUAUGCCGAUUGGCUAGUAGUGUGUGUUAAUUAUUUAAGCCGUUAAUUGGUAGGCUUGCGGUUAUCAGACUUUCCGCUACACAAAAGGCAAACUUUGCUGCAUUGUAAUGAAAUAUUAAUGCCGUGAACUGAGGCUUUUUAGCCUGUCGCUUCCUAGUGAUAAAGCGAUAUUUGGUAUACAGUCGAUUACAGCCGGCGACACAGGCAAUCGGAAUAUGUGAGAAUCGCUGUUGUUUGAACAGUUAGUUUGGAUAGUCACGGAACUUUGAAGUUAAAACAUGCGAGUCUUUGUGCUUUUCGGAGGCAACAGAUAUCUGUUAGACGUAGAACUUGGUCAAACGGUGAGCGAUAUCAAGGGAAUACUUAGAAAGAAACUCGACUUGGAUACGGUGCAGAGCGAAGAUGGCGAAAACGAUAUGCUCAUGGCUAUUAAGUACGCUGGAUCGAGCUUAGAAGAUGACUGGGUUUUUACAGACAUAAGUAUUCCGCCAGGAGCUACACUACGAUGUGAACUUCAAGAAAAUGUCAAAACGUACUUGAGCGUUGCUUGUUCGUAUUCUAACGAAACGCUUCGAUUCACUGAAUGGUUUGACGUGUGGGAAACCAAAGUGGGUGAGCUGAAGACAAUGAUUACCGAAAAAACGGGCUUGCAUGUCAGCGUUUUUAGACUAGUGUCCGCGGAAGGAAAAGAAAUGUAUGACUGUCAUCCAAUGAAAAAGUAUUUCAUUGAUUAUGGGGACACGGUUCGUUUAGAGACUUGGAAUGGUUGGAGCGAGUUUCUACGAUCAGCGACGUUAGGCCAGCUUACACCAACCAUGAAGCAUAUGGUCAGUGUUCACGAGGAUCCGUUAGUUUCAAGAUAUCAGCUUAGAGUCGCGCUUUUCAUCGCCGCGCAUUUCAACUACAGUCAGCUCGCAACUCAGCUUAUCAAGAGCGGGGCUCGCUGCGACGAGCCCGUAGGAGAACAUCCUGUAAGAGAGUGGUGUAAUAAAGAUGUACAUCCAGAUCAUUUCAAAACUCCCGUUCACGAAGCUGCCCAACACGGAAGUCUUAACUGCUUACAGAAGUUCGUUCACCAUAAUUACGCGUGUAUACUGGCCAAGGAUGGUUACGGUCUGACACCAUGUAAUAUCGCACGGAGAUAUAAGAGAACCGAGUGUUUUAAACUGCUUAUUGCCGAACAGUUUCGUUCUCGAAGCACGUCAGGGCUCACGCUCGGGAUUUAUUGGCGUGUGCGGAAAUGGUGCGAGCGCGCACGAGACAGAGCGAUCAUGUUUCACAAACACUCGCCAAAUCCUCUCCUUCUCGCGAUGGAGAAUAGAGCUUAUAGAAACGCAGUUGUGGGACAAAAAGUCCAAGUCGAUGGAUUCGGAGAAAAUAUGCAAACUGGCACUUCAAAGAUGCAGCUCUCUUUGAUGCUUAAAAGUGUUAAAAACAAGCCCUUGACAGGUGUCAUGGGGAACACGAGCGUGAAAUCUAUACGCAUAGGAGACAGAGAUGGCGAUAAUUCAGAAAAUGAUGGUUUCAGCGGAGCUGGUGAUAGUGAUGAUAAAUUAAUUUUAAAUUCUGGCGAGGAACUCGUGAAAAAUGAUAAGUUAAUACCCUGUGGAAACUACUCGCUUCCAUCGGUAGCGACAGUACCGAGUUACCAUGGAGAGAUAGCCAAACUUGAAACCUCCACGAAGGCAAAAUUGCAAAUUAAGAAUGUGAAUCAUUCAAAACGUGGUGUCGCUUCGUUGCGAAACGAUCACAAAGCCUACAGAUGGAAAGAAAAUAUUUUGAGGGAUGAACAAGAAAAUGAAUUGGUUUGUUUUUGCCAAGGAGAAAAAGAAAACAAAGAAAAACAAUUACAGCCAAUGGAACCGAUUAAAGACCUGCCACUGAUUUCGACAAACACCAGCUUAGUUGGUGUAAACAAAAGCGACAAAAUUGCACAUAUUCAAAUUGGAAGUGAAUUCGAAAACGGUCAUUUUGAGAAGCCAAAACGCGACUUUUUUGUCACGCAAGGCGUCUGGGUUAAUUCGGAGAGUCGUCAUUCUGCUUCUAACCGUAACCAGGCCGAAAACUGCGAACAGAAAGGUGGCGAAAAAAUCAGCGAGAAAAUACCUCUUAUUAAAACGAACGAAUCAGGUUUGAGUUUGCCAAAAACGGAUGAGUUUUCCGCGAAUAAAGUGAAAUCAGCGAAAAGUUCAAAAAGUGACGGUGAGCUCAUGAAACGAAGAAGAAGAACUCGAUCUCUUAUUACUCCUCAAGUUCUCCGAGGCGCAAGCUUAACUCCCCAUCGCAGAGCCGCGUCCAGUGAAGAUUUGACCCGGCAGCUGACUGGUCUGUUCAGCAGAGUUACGGGACAAGACUUGCACGAGGCUGCUAAGGAAAGCAUGGAGGUCGCGAUGACUUUCCGCAAGAAGCGAUGGUUGCAGCAAGUGCACAUGGCAAUCGAAUUCAACAAUAACACUUUUAACAGACAGCUGCAUAAAUACAGGAGCAAAACAAAAGAGGCGGGUCAUGUUUGA